AUGCGUCAAAGCGCUUUAGUUUAGUGGCUUGUAACCUUCAACACAACAACAUGUGCGAUGUGCAUUGCAAAUUAUUGUGAAACCCUGUAAAAAACAUAACAUUCAAGUAAAAAACGAACAUUACACAGCAUAGAAAGAAUAACUAUAAAAGGAAACAUGGGUAAAAAGAACAAAAAAGAGAAGAAAGGCCAGGGUAAGGAAAAGACAUUACAGAAGACUGAGAAGAAAGCAAACAAACGAGCCAAAAAAGAGCUUGCCGAAAAGGGAGAGGAUGACAUUGAGAAGAUGAUAGCCCAGUUUCAGGAACAGGAUCGUAAGAAAACCACGGUAACAGAAGAAAAAUGUCCACCACCAUCACCAAGGUGUAACAUGUCCCUUACAUCUCACCCAGAUAAAGAAGAGUUGAUCAUAUUUGGUGGAGAGUAUUUCACUGGCAAUAAGAUGUUCAUGUAUAAUGACCUGUUUUUCUACAACAUCAAGAAAAAUGAUUGGUUGAAGCUGACAGUACCCAACUCACCACCACCAAGAUCUGCCCAUCAGGCAGUAGCUGUCAGACAGGGAGGGGGUCAGCUGUGGAUGUUCGGGGGAGAGUUUGCCUCUCCCACCCAGUCUCAGUUCUACCACUACAAGGACCUCUGGGUAUUCCAUCUCAAGGAGAAAACUUGGGAGAGAGUCAAUGCUCCAGGUGGUCCCUCAGCUCGCAGUGGUCACAGAAUGGUGCAGUGCAAGAAACAGCUCAUUGUCUUUGGGGGUUUCCAUGACAACGUCAGGGACUACAAGUAUUUCAAUGAUGUGUUCACAUUUGCCCUGGAUACGUACACCUGGUCGCAGGUGGUUGCUACCGGUAACGCCCCAGCUCCCCGGUCGGGCUGUUGCCUAGCGCCCAUUCUGGAGCAAGGUCGUGUGCUGGUGUAUGGCGGGUACAGUAAGGAGCGCGUGAAGAAAGAUGUAGACGAAGGGAAAUACCACUCUGAUAUGUUUGUGUUGGUCCCUGAAGGAAAGGUGAAGGAAGACAGCCAUCCUACUAAAUGGAAAUGGGUCAGUGUCAAACAGUCAGGGUCAAGGCCAUCUCCGAGGUCAGGCUUCACACUGGCCAUUGUCGGAGGCAACAAGGCUGUCUGCUUUGGAGGAGUGUUUGAUGAGGAAGAGAAUGAUGAACAACUUCAGGGUCGUUUCUAUAACAACCUUUACUUUCUGGAGCUUGAUAAGGGUCGCUGGUAUGAUGCCCAAUUCAGAGGCAAGAAAACAUCUGUCGAAAAGAAGAAACGAAGAAGAAAAAAGGAGGAAGGUGGUGAUGAUGAUGAUGAUAAUGAUGAGGAGGAGGACGAAGAAGAAACAUCCGUUGAGGGGGAAGGCACUAUGGACCUGGAUGCAGAAGAUAUCCAGAAGCUGGCCCUUGAUGGAGGGGAGGAAGGGGCCAGGGGGGAUGGGGAGGGUCUGGGCAAGCCCUCGUUGCCUGGCAAUGCAUCAGGGAUGGAGGAGGAAGUGGGGGAAAGUGACAGGGGCCCAGGAGGGGCAAAGGACUCCAGUGCUUCUAUGCAAACAGAAGAGAGUGUGUUUAAAGUGACAAUUGGACCACAGAGCAGUGGCAGUGCAGUGGAAGGUGAGGACAGUGGGGCUUGUGCAAUGGAAGGAGGUCAGGAGGCAGAGGUAUUCAUGCCGUCCCCGAGGAUGAACGCUAUGUUGGCAGUGCGGGGUGGCCAGCUGUUCCUGUACGGUGGGGUUUUUGAGGAUGGGGACCGCCAGUACACGUUAGCAGACAUGUACUCACUCAACAUGGACAGGAUGGAUGAAUGGAACACAAUCAUAGAGGGCAGCCUCAAGGAUCAGGUCUGGGAGGAGUCUGACUCGUCCUCUGAUGAUAAUGAUGAGAUGGAGAGUGGGGCCAGGAAACGCAGGGCCUCAGACAAUGAGGAUGAAGAUGAAGAUGAUGAUGAUGACGAAAUUGACAUUGACUUUAGUGACGCCCCUGAGCGGCCAACCUCGGAGUCCAUCAAGGACUACUUUGAGCGCACCAAGUCAUACUGGACCUCCAAGGCCAAAGAGUACUGUGAUGCUGAAGAGAUGACGCUCACAGACAAGAAACUGGAAAAACUGGCCAAGGAAAUGUGCCAAGAAUCAUUUGGAUCAUAAAGAUCCUCAUUGUUAUAGACUUUUGCCAAAUGUUUAAGCUCACCUUUUCAACUUGUUUAAUUACAAAGUGCAUUGUCAUUGAGCAUCUGUCAGUUUUAAAAUGUGAUUAAAGCUAAGAACGUAUUAUUUGAAGUAAUAAUUGUCUAUUUAUGGAUGUUAUUGACCAGUUCACUAGUAUUUGGAGAUUUGGUUUCUUUUGUUUUGCCUCAUCAACAUAUAAAGCUUGUGAACACUUAAGAAGAGGCAUUUGUUGUCCUGUCUUCCUGAAACGUGUCCACUAGUUUAUUAUGGUAAACAUAAUAUUUACCAAUUCAUAGUAUCAUAGAGAAGUAAGCGUCUUAUGACGAUCAAUUUAAUAUAGGUGUGGUGUUAUUAUACCCCUAUUACCAUUGGUAAUGGGGGCUAGAUAGGAGUCACUUUGUCUGUCUGUCUGUUUUUCUGUCUGUCGGUCGGUCUGUCUGUCGGUCUGUCCCGAAACUUCAUCUGAUCUUCACCAAACUUUGUCACAAGUUGUAUCUAAAUGAUGUUUAGGUCAAGUUUGAAUAUGGGUCAUGCCGGAUCAAAAACUAGGUCACCGGGUCACUUAGUGUGUUUCAAACCAAAAGUUUGUCAGGACCAAAACUUUGUUAUUUAUCAUUAGAUUUUAAAAUUACUUGGUACAUUUGUUCACUAUCAUGGGACAGUGUGUCGUGUGAAAAAAGUACGUCGAUAUAUCCAAGGUCAAGGUCACACUGAGGGUUCAAAGGUCAACUGCUUGUCCUGGCCAUAACUUUAUCAUUUAUUGAGAUUUUAAAAGCAUUUGGCAAAUUUGUUCACCAUCAUUGGACGGUGUGUCGCGCGAAAGAAUUAAGGCGAUAUCUCCAAGGUCACAUUUGAGUUCAAAGAUCAAAAUGGCCAUAAAUGAGUUUGUCUGGGCAGUAACUAUGUCAUUCAUUGUGAGAUUUUAAAAUCAUUUGGCACAUUUGUUCACCAUCAUUGGAAGGUAUGUCUAGCGAAAGAAUUACGUUGAUAUCUCCAAGGUCAAGGUCACACUUUGAGUUCAAAGGUCACAAAUUGCCAUAAAUGAGCUAUUCCGGGCCAUUACUAUGUCUUUUAUUGUGAGAUUUUAAAAUCAUUUGGCACAUUUGUUCAACAUCAUUGGACGGUGUGUCGCGCAAAAGAAUUACGUCCAUAUCUCCAAGGUCAAGGUCACACUUUGAGUUCAAAGGUCACAAAUUGCCAUAAAUGAGCUUGUUUGGGCCAUAAUUAUGUUGUUAUUUGUGAGAUUUUAAAAUCAUUGGGCACAUUUGUUCACUAUUAUUGGACAGUGUGUUGCACAAAAGAUUAACGUCGAUAUCUGCAACGUCAAGGUCACACUGCGAGUUCAAAGGUCAAAAAUGGCCAUAAAUGAUCUUGUCCGGGCCAUAACUAUGUGAUUCAUUGUGAGAUUUGAAAAUAACCUGGUACAUUUGUUCACAAUCAUUGGACGAUGUGUCUUGCGAAAGAAUUAAAUUGAUAUCUCCAAUGUCAAGGUCACACUUGGAGUUCAAAAGUAAAUAAAUGGCCAUAAAUGCGCUUGUCCGGGCCAUAACUAUGUCAUUUAUUGUGAGAUUUUAAAAUAACUCUGUACAUUAAUUUUGUUCUUAGUCAUUGGACAGCAUGUCAUGUGAAAGUAUUCAAGAGUUCAAAGGUCAAAAUGGCCAUAAAUGAUAUGGCAUAAUAAUUCUUAACAAUUGCCAUAAAUUAGAUUCUCUUGUUUCGUGAAGACAGCAUGCAAAAUAGUCUGUGACAAAGCUCUUGUUAAAACAUUAGCUAAAAGUUGCAUCAUACUAUUGUCAUUAUAGGUUAUGAAGUGUUAUAUUGUCAUAAGUCUUGUAUAUACCUGUAUUUUGUUUAGUUUGUUUUACCCAUUAUAUGGCUGGUUUUGCUUAACAUGUUUAGCUUAUCUGAGCAAGAAGUGCUGAAGGUGAGAUACCCUAUAGACUUUGUACGCCUUGUGUCCAACGUGUUCAGUGUCCGUUUAGCUCAUUUCCACUGCAGUCACAUUUACCAUCCAAUUGUAAUGAAACUUGGUGAGAAUGUUUAUGUAUCUGAACAAAGGUUGCAUCUUGGUAAUGUGCAUUUUAAGCUCGGCUGUUUUCGGAGAAAACCCAAGGUAUUGUCAUAGCCAGCUCGCCGCCUGCUGGCAACGUGCUAAAUCUUUUACAUUGGCUCUAAAAUCAAAGUGAUUCCACCUACAGCAAACUUCAUAUGUGGAUGCACCUUGAUGAGUUCUACAGGCCACACCCAUUUUGGGGUCACUAGGUCGAAGGUCAAGGUCACUGUGACCUCUAUAAAAAAAUAAAAUCUGACAAGCUUUCAUUUAUUUAAAAAAGCACCCGCAGCCGAGCGUUGGCACCCGUUAUGCGGUGCUCUUGUUAAAUUAUGUCACCAGCUCUAGAGGCAAUAUUUAAGACUCAAUGGAACCGUGUAGAAAUAUGUAUCUUGACAUUUUCUAGUUCAUUUUCUGGGUCACAUGUGUCUGACAGUUAGUUCACAAGGUCAUUUUUUAUGUCCCCCACUAUAGUAGUGGGGGACAUAUUGUUUUUGCCCUGUCUGUUGGUCUGUUGGUUGGUCUGUUGGUUGGUUGGUUUGCGCCAACUUUAACAUUUGCAAUAACUUUUGCCACUUGUUUUUAAAAUCUUGUUAAUGUUCAAUGCGAUAAAAACUUCUUUAUCUUUGUGAGAAUGUUGAUUUUGACACUAGUACAAUUCUGGGUCACUUAAAUUCAAAACUAGAUCACAGGGUCAAAUCUUAGAAAGAACCUUGUCACCAUCUAUUCAUAAAUGUAGCUUAUGUUACAUUUGAGACAUUUCUUAAUAAUAUUGAUUAAAGAAUUGGCUCAGUUACUUCCCUUUUAUUCCCUAACUCGAAGGUGAAGAUCGAAUUUCAAAGAUCUAAUCUUGCUAUAUAAUAGCUUAUUGUCCCCUACCGGUGAAACCAGAGGGGACUUAUGGUUUGCGCUUCGUCUGUCAGUCUGUUUGUUUGUCUGUCUGUCCGUCACACUUUUCUGGAUCCUGAAUAAUUUUAUACGUUCUUCAUAUUUUUUCAUGAAACUUGAAACAUGGAUAGAUGGCAAUGUGGAGAUUAUGCACGUCAUUUCAUUUUGUUCUUACGUAAAGAAUUCUGGUUGCUAUGGCAACAAAUAUAAAAUAAAAUAAAAAAUGUACUGACAAUGGUGGAGUUUAACCAGUAGGGGACAAUAUUGCUUGGCAAUCUCUUGUUUUAACUGUGACCUUGUCAUUUACCAUGCAAUUUUAAGAGAACCUUCCACUUAUAGCAACCAUAAGGAUGCUGCAUUUUGUGUGUAUAACUCCCUACCUCAUAGGUCAGGGUCACACUUAUGGGUCAAGGUCACCUAUAGAACAGCUUGUCCAGGCUGUACCUUAUUUAUUAUGCCCUCCUUCAAAGAAGAGGGGUAUAUUGUUUUGCUCAUGUUGGUCCGUCCGUCCGUAUGUCUGUAUGUCCGUAUGUCCGUCCACCAGAUGGUUUCCAGGUGAUAACUUAAGAACGCUUAGGCCUAGGAUAAUGAAACUUCAUAGGUACAUUGAUCAUGACUUGCAGAUGACCCCUAUUGAUUUUCAGGUCAAAUGUCAAGGUCACGGUGACCUGAAAUAGUAAAAUGGUUUCCAGAUGAUAAAUCAAGAACGCUUAGGCCUAGGAUCAUGAAACUUCAUAGAUACAUUGAUCAUGACUCGCAGAUGACCCUAUUAAUUUUCAGGUCACUAGGUCAAAGGUCAAGGUCACGGUGACCCGAAAUAGUAAAAUGGUUUCCGGAUGAUAACUCAAGAGCACUUUGGCCUAGGAUCAUGAAACUUCAUAGGUACAUAUAUCAUGACUCGCAGAUGGCCCCUAUUGAUUUUGAGGUCACUAGGUCAAGGUCAAGGUGACCCGAAAUAGUAAAAUGGUUUCCGGAUGAUAACUGAAGAACACUUAUGCCUAGGAUCAUGAAACUUCAUAGGUACAUUGAUCAUGACUCACAGAUGACCCCUAUUGAUUUUCAGGUCAAAGGUCAAGGUCACAGUGACCCGAAAUAGUAAAAUGGUUUCCGGAUGAUAUCUCAAGAACACUUAUGCCUAGGAUCAUGAAACUUCAUAGGUACAUUGAUCAUGACUUGCAGAUGACCCCUAUUGAUUUUCAGAUCACUAGGUCAAAGGUCAAGGUCACGGUGACUCAAAAUAGUAAAAUGGUUUCCGGAUGAUAACUCAAAAACGCUUAUGCUUAAGGAUCAUGAAACUUCAUAGGUACAUUGAUCAUGACUCGCAGAUGACCCCUAUUGAUUUUCAGGUCACUAGGUCAAAGGUCAAGGUCAUUUAAAAAAAGAUAUGAGCUAUUGUCAUCACCUUGGCGUGGGCGUCUGGUUAAGUUUUGUGUUUAGGUCCUCUUUUGUCAUAAAGUACCAAAGCUAUUGCAUUCAAACUAGUGCAUCAUUUAAUUUUAAGACAAAAAACUUCCCACUAAUAACUACCAUAAGUGGACUGAGUAUUAUAGUAUUUUGUGUAUAACCUGUCACUUUUCUUCAAAGGUCAAGAUAACACUCAAAGGUCAAAAGUCAAAUUUUACCAUAAACAUCUCGUGUUUGACAUGAGCGGAAUAGUGAGAUGAAAGUGGAAUGCGGGGGCAUCUUCAACAGUGGUGUCCAUGAACUCGGGUGUGAGUUUAAGGACCAUCAUUGCCCCCUUCUUUGUAUACAAUUUGUUACAGGCAAUGUUUGUACAUGAAAGGCUUCUGGUUAAGUAAAAGGUAUAACUAUGUUAAGGCUUGAGGAAAAUUUCAUUCAUUGUUAUUUAUGAAAUAUCUAAAGAAUAAAAUUGCAUCUAUGAA